CUCAAAUCAGAUCAAUCCAUCCCAUCUCUCUCACAAGCUCCAAUGGACUCUGUCACUUUCUUCUUCUCUCUCUCUCUUCUGUUCUUCGGUCUCUACUGGUUCCUCUGCCUCCUCGGCUCCGCCGAGCAGACAGGCAAGAACGCCGCCCAGCUCUCUGGCGGCUCUAUCUCUGCCGAGAAAGUACAGGACAAGUAUCGCCAAUACUGGUCCUUCUUCCACUCCCCUAAACAAAUCGAGACCAUCGACAAGGUUCCUGCUUUCGUUGACACCUUCUACAAUCUAGUUACCGAUAUCUACGAGUGGGGUUGGGGUCAGUCCUUCCAUUUUUCUCCUUCCAUUCCUGGGAAAUCCCACCGCGAUGCUACUCGCCUUCAUGAGGAAUUCGCCGUCGAUCUGCUCAAAGUCAAGCCCGGCGACAGAGUCCUCGACGCCGGUUGCGGAGUCGGGGGUCCCAUGCGGUCAAUAGCCUCCCAUUCUGGGGCCAAUGUGGUUGGUAUCACUAUCAAUGAGUAUCAGGUGAAUCGAGCCCGCUCGCACAACAAGAAAGCUGGGUUGGAUAAACUAUGCGAGGUUGUUUGUGGGAAUUUCUUGCAAAUGCCGUUUGAUGAUAAUAGUUUCGAUGGGGCUUAUUCUAUUGAAGCUACCUGCCAUGCUCCAAGGCUUGAAGAUGUGUAUGCAGAGAUUUACCGGGUUUUGAAGCCAGGUUCGUUGUAUGUAUCGUACGAAUGGGUUACUACAGAUUUGUAUAAAUCUGAGGAUCCAACCCAUGUCGAGAUAAUUCAAGGGAUCGAGCGGGGGGAUGCAUUGCCUGGUUUAAGGAGUUAUUAUGACAUUGCUAAGAUUGCAAAGAAAGUUGGGUUUCAGGUGCUGAGGGAGAAGGAUUUGGCGAAGCCGCCAUCGAGGCCAUGGUGGUCGAGGUUGAAGAUGGGAAGGAUUGCAUAUUGGAGGAAUCACAUUUUGGUUACUGUGCUUGCUUGGUUGGGGAUUGCGCCUAAAGGGGUUGUAGAUGUUCAUGAAAUGCUGUACCAUACCGCCAAUUAUUUGACUAAAGGAGGAGAGACUGGGAUUUUUACUCCUAUGCAUAUGAUAUUGUGCAAGAAACCGGAGUCCACCACUGGGCAUGAGUCGUAGAUGAUCCUGAUGAUGUUUUGAAAGCAUUUCAUGGAGCUUCUGCUUUGGUUCUCUCUGCCUCCCUCUCUCUCUUUCCCACUUCAUUUUAACUCUCAUUGUUUUCUUCUUAGAAAUAUUGGUUUUGGACUCUUAAUUUUGGUUGGUAAUUGGAUUGUCCUUAGUUCUGUAGUUCGUUUAGUUGAAUGUAUUGGUUCUUAUUUAUUGAUUUAGGGUUACGGAUGAGGAAGGCUAUCAAAAGAUUAUGUCUUUGGGAUAAUUUCUAAUUGUAAUGGAGGAAGGAUAGUGAAGAACACAUGGAAAUUUUGUCCUCUUAACUUGUUAGUGAAGUUCCUCUAAUUUAUUAUCUCUUGAUCUUGUAUCAGCUCUUUCUAAUAAUCAAUGGAAAGGUUUAUUAUAUUAUUGUUUUGAA